UUGGCAGGAGGAACCAUGAGUGUGGUCCUGGAUUUAUCCUACACUGUCUGCAUCUGGAUCUCUGCUGCUGUGGCCAUCAUCUACACACUGCUGGGAGGGCUUUACUCUGUGGCCUACACAGAUGUAAUACAGCUUGUGCUCAUUUUCCUCAGCUUGUGGGUCUGUGUUCCCUUUGUGUUGAUGAACCCGCACUCCUUGGACAUUAGCCAGACACUGUUGAACAACACUUUACACGCUCCCUGGAGUGGUACACCAGGGCUGAAGCAGGCCUGGAUAUUGAUUGAUGAUUUCUUGUUCUUUGCACUAGGGACUCAGGGAUAUCAAUGUAUCCACCAGAGGACAUUGUCAGUGUCAUCCACAUCCACAGCCAAGAUCACUAGUGUGGUUGCUGCUCUCCUUUACCCUGUAUUUGGGAUACCCCCUAUACUGCUUGGGGCAGCUGCUGCAUCCACAGACUGGAACCUGACCACCUACGGUUCUCCAUCUCCAUAUGAUCGUGGGGAAUCAGCUCUGGUCCUGCCCAUCACCCUUCAGCACCUCACCCCUCCUCACAUCUCCAUUAUUGGUAUCGGGUGUGUCGCUGCUGCCGUGAUGUCAUCAGCUGACUCUCUGUUGCUCUCUGCAGCUUCUGUCCUCACUUCAAACAUAUACAAGAACAUCCUAAGGCCACAGGCAUCUGACAGGGAGACUGAGUGGGUGAUCCGUGCAUCUGUGUUGGUAGUGGGCUUGGUUGGUACUUCAUUGGCCAACCUAAAAAAUAGCAUCCUAUUGUUCUGGUUCAUUGGUGCUGAAGUGGCCUACGUCAUAAUCUUCCCUCAACUUGUUUGCAUCCUUUUUUUCAACAUCACCAACGGUUACGGGGCUGUUAUGGGCUUUCUGGUUGGAGUUGUCUUAAGACUGCUCAGUGGAGAUCCAUCACUAGGGUUAGCACCAGUCAUACACUUCCCAGGAUGCACCCUUGAGGACGAUGUCUUUGUCCAGUACUCUCCAGUGAAGACCAUCUCCAUGCUGUCUGCCAUUGCUGCCAUCUUGUUGUUCUCCUACCUGGUUUCUCAUUUUUUCAACAAAGGACUGCUUCCUGAGAAGUGGGAUGUGUUCAAAGUGAAAACCAAACCACAACCACUGACACCAACAGAUGACACCACAGAACACAAUGAGAGGAAGAAACUGAAUAGAAACAACAAUUAUGGCAGGGCGUCACAGCCAAUGAAAAGCUCAAGCUGUUAGUGUCUUUGCGUGUACAGUAAUAUCUGUUCCUUGGUGCAUAAAACCAGUAUACAGAUUUCUGAAUUUUAAACAUUUGAAUGUUAAUAACAAAGAAGAUGUA